AUGGCGACUACCAACACUGCUGCAAGCUACUUUACAUCUAACCCCGGUAGCAGCAAUGGGACUAUCUACACCAACGGUACUUCCAACACCAACGGCAGAUCCCACGCCAAUGGAACAUCUCACACCAACGGCAGAUCCCGCACAAACGGAUCGUCCCACAUGAAUGGCAAAAUAUCGAAAAAACUUCCAAUCGUGAUAGCUGGGGGUGGCUGUGUCGGUCUUUUUCUUGCUCUUCUUCUAGCUCAGUCGGAUAUUCCCAACAAAGUCAUCGUCAUUGAACCCGAACAACCUGACCCCAGCUCUACGCGGGCAAUGGCCCACCAGCCACCGACUUACCCCAUAUUCUCAAAGGUAGAGGGAUUACUACCUGAGUUGAUCAAGACUGGAAGUUUGAGCUCAGGAUUAUGCUUCCGAAACAGUUUGCAAAACGGAAGCAAGAUUAUCGCUGAAAAGACGUUUGACAAUUCAGUAGAGGGUAUGAAGGGGAAGGGCCAGCUAUUAUUGCCCCAGGGCAAGUUUCAGCAAGUACUCAUGAAAAGAUUAGCUGCCUUGGAUCAAAAGGCAGAAAUUCGCCUUGGGGUUAGUGUCACUGGAUUAAGAACAUCGCGGGACAGCGUCGAUGUCAAGACGACGCCUACGCCUACCUCUUCACGCCUUGGGAUUGAGUGGAUAGAAGCAGCAUACCUCGUGGACGCAUCUGGAGCCCACUCUACCAUCCGAAAAGAGCUCGGUAUCAAAUUGGAAGGCGAGACGCUCGCGGCCCAACUCGUAGCCACAGAUCUGUACUUUGACUUCCACAGCCACGGAUUUUACGACGCCAAUUUCAUCAUCGAUCCACGAAGCUAUGGACUUAUCGGGCGGAUCAAUCAUGCAACAGACUCCAAGCCACCUUUAUGGCGCGUAUCCUACGGCGUGCCUCUGAAUACUACGGAAGAAGAGAUCAAGAAAGAUAUAGAUGAAAAACUUCGUCUCAUGCUCCCAAACAAAGGCAGGAACAGCGAAGGAGCCAUCGACUACGAAAUCACUCGGAUAGCGCCGUACAAAGCGCAACAGCGGCUCGUCGAAUCACUCUAUCACGCAUCCUCUCACACUUGCCUCGUAGGCGACGCUGCGCAUCUAACAAACCCUUACGCUGGCCUCGGUCUUGCAUCCGGCAUGGCAGACGCUUCGUCCCUUGCUGAAGUCUUGAUCCAUAUCAUGGGCGACAGAGCACUUAACGAAGAGAGGCUACUGAAGGCAUGGUCGGACGCCCGGAGAGAAAAGUUCCUAAGCGCAAUCGAUAUGCCAUCGCGAAUGGCGUAUCAGCGCGUCAAGACAGAUGUCAGUACCGACGAGAAGAUACAGGAGUUCAUGAGCAAAGACCCGUUGGUAGGGGCGCUGAAGAAGGGCAUGCCCGUCCAGCCACCCAGUUUGGAGACCAAAGCGCAGGAGUUGGAAGGAUGGUGA